AUGGCACUGCGCCGCAGCUGGCACCGCCCGAUCCUCGGGGCUCGCGGCUUCUUUGACAAGGUCGGCCGCGACUGGGAGACUGCGUGGACGCAGCAGGUCACGCCGUGGGAGCUACAGGCCGUGAACCCGUCCUUUGUCGAGGGCCUUGCCCACGUCGAGAAGCGGGGCGGUCGCGCCCUCCAAGGCUGGGCAGCGACGGGCCUCGAUAUCUCGCCGACGGCCGUUGCCAAAGCCCGAGCCGUCGUUGGCGACAACGUCCGCGUCGCCGACUUCUUCACGUACAGCGCGCCCGAGCCCUUUGACUUGGUGUACGACUACCUCUUCUUUGCCGCAAUCGAGCCAGAGAUGCGCGGUCGCGCCGCUGCGCAGUUUAAAGCGCUCUUGCAUCCGACAUCCGGUGUUCUCCUUACGCUGCUUUUCCCGUAUGUGACCGAGCAUGGGGCGAUGAGGAAAGCCGGACCGCCCUACGAGCUGUCACUCCAAGACUAUAAGGACGUCUUGGAGCCGGCAGGCUUAACGCUGCAAGCGACGAUCCAGCCGUCGACCAGCAUCAAACCCCGUCGCGGGCGCGAGCUCCUCGCGUUCUGGGGCUGCACCCAAGAAGCUUCGUAG